CACAGAACCGCAUCAGUCGGUCGCGGGCCCUUCGCACUUCACCAAGAUCAAUGGACAAUUAUUAUUCACGUUACACGUACUUAACAGUCUGUGUUUAUUAUAAUGAUUGACAAGUUAUAGCGAAACUGGAGACACCGCAUGGACACAUAACACCUACCACUGAUUUGCUACGAGCUGAAACGUUACUAGUGGCGGCUAACGAGGGUUCAUUCAAACUCAACUGAACGGCGUCAUAACUGAAAUGUCUAUGAGCCAAAGUAAUCCCGGUCUGCCGGCCGUUGAACAACAAAACAAAAAGUUCACCACCAUCAUUAUUUAUCCAACGGUGACUCCUGAAAAAAUUAUCAUACCCAUGGUUUCGUGUAUACUGGGCUUUCCGCUGGUGGUUUUAAUGGUGAUAUGCUGCUUGAGGCGAAGAGCCAAGUUGGCCAGAGACCGAGAUCGUCGAAGAAAUCUGGGAUUUGCCAGAGCUUGCACAAGCGAUCAAGGUGUUAUUUCCCUGGCUCGUUUUAGUCCAAUGCAUAAAAUAGGCGUUUACUUAGCGGCCGGGGCGAGCGCCAACAGCGUAUCCUCGAUGGGCAGCAGCGGUAGCGCAACGGGCCGUGGCCAUCCGUUGCGUAGCGAGAGCCGGUCGUACGCGUCGUGUGACCUUGAUCCCGUAAUGGAGGAACGUAGCGAGAUGGAGACCAGCUGUAGCGGAGCGGUGGAGGCACUCGUCUGUCCGGACAGUUAGCAGCAUGUGCUAGCCAUAGCUCGGAUAUCGGUGGCCGUGCAAACGGAUAAGCCGCCGCCGCGGCCAGCCAGGUCGCCACUGUGGAACACGCUUACUAACAACCCGCUAGACGACGUACCGCCACUGGGCAGCUGACGGCCGGACGGCGGGCCCGAGCUACCCAAGGCCAUAGCCAUCAUCGAACCUUGACGCCGCCGACGCCGAACCAAACCGUAGCUCGUACGAUUGCCCGCCAUGCAUUGUUUAUAAUUUAAAAUUUAAAAAGCUCGUUUUAUAAUAAUUGAAGUGGCGAAAACCAGAAAUGUUGGAUUGAUACACUUUUUUUGUAAAAAAAAGAAGAAGAAUCAUAAACACCAUUUGUGUGUAAAAAGUAAAAACAUCUUUUAAUUUAUAGUUAAUUAUGUUUUACCAAUGUUCGUUCGUUUUUCCAUAGCUGUUAUACCCAAUAAGCUCGACUUCACAAGAAUUUAUAUUUUGCUCGCCGCAAUAUACUUUUACGAUUUUUUUAAUUCACCACUUCAGUUAUAAAUCGUUUUGUAUAUAUGUAAAUAUGUGUGUGUGUGUGUGUGUGUAAUUCGACCCGAACUGGACUAACUGAUUUUUUUGUUUAAAAUCCAACUCUUGGUCACACCGAAACUAGUUUGGCUGGUAUUCGCGUCGGCCGAUGCCAAUUUAAACGCCAAUUGUUAUAUUUUUUUUAUCGUUUCUUAGGUGGUUUUUUUUAGAGACAGCCAAACAACGCCCAUAACAAAGCACGGCGUGGCCCGACGCGCGCACAUACAUAUAUUUAAAUUUCAACGUCUGUCGUCCAAUAGGCGGAAAUUUUAUUGCGAACAAACUUUCGAAUUCCAAACGUAUUGUAUCGUGACCUCACCCCCUGACCUCGCCCGAUAACGUUACUUUAAACAAAAUAAAAUAAAAAAACGUUUUACGACCGUUUAUCGACCGAAUGUCAAAUUAGACUGUCCGCGACGUUGGCGAAUAAAAUAAAUCACGAAAAACGUUUACACAACGCAACAAAUCAGACGGAAAGAACAAAAAAAAAACAAUAUUUUAUUCACCAGACGGCCGAUACAGUCGAGGGUUGUGCCCGUCCCUGUCACAAAACCAAUUGUAUUCGAUCGCCAAUAUGAUAAGUUUUGCUCAGAUUUCACAAUAUUUACCUCACAGCCGAUAUCGAGUCCUUUGCCUUUGGUUACCACCUCAUUGCCCGUGUACUUAUCUAUCCGUCUUACGAUUCUUCUUUAACGAAAUGCUUUUUAUAUUGGUUCGGCCCUUAUUCCGUAAUAAUUCUGCUCGACAAUAAUACAUUACACAACACGUGUUCGCAACAAGUAAACUAUUUCCGGCACGAAAACAAGCAUAUUUGCAAGCCCAACUGCCAGGGAAUUAAUAAAAGCGCAACGGGUUCGCUAAAGUUCGACACGAAAACAAUAUAGAGGGGGAAAAAAUGACGGGUAUACCGAAAACUUUUAAUGGCCCGGCCGUCGGGGGAUGCUUAAAACGAGUACAACAGCUCUCCGUUAAAAGGAGUAUAUAUGCGCAAACUUAAUCCGGGUCGUUCGCCGAAAUACGUGUGCCGGGUGAAUAAAUUUAGGGCAAUUGCCUACAGGUAUACCAUGCGUCACACAAAAAAUAUAAGCUAUUUCAAUAAUAAACACACACACACACACUCUUUGUUAUCUCAGUACUUGUGUAAGUAUAUCAAGACUCGUGUAUAAUGUAUAGUGUACUAGAUAAUGAUCUAUAAACUACAUUAGAGUUGCUGACGAUUUAUAUAUGUUGUUAAUUGGUGUGUUGUUCAACUCUAAACGUUUAUACAUACAAAAGUCGUCGUCCCUUAAAAAAUAUUAUUAUUGUUGUUUGAUAAAUAGACAAUCGUUGUACAUAAUCAGUAUGUUAUUAUUGUUAUAGAAUUUUAAUAUUAACAAAUAACAACAAUAACCAUAACGUGUGACUUGCAUAAAUAAAUUACAAAUUUUAAACUAGGAAAUUAAAUCAUGCAUUUAUAUAGACUGCGCGAGACAUCCUAUAUGCAAGGGGUGGUUAUUGCCAAACUCUGUGUGAUGCGAUCGAAUAUGAAAUAGAGUCCGGGAGCAAAGGGAAAUUAAUUGGAGUAAGAAAGUUUAUGACAGCUAAUAAGACCAGGCUGUCUAUUGUGCCAUAGGGUAAUUUUUUAAAUAAAAGGAGAUUUGGUUCCAAGCGCUAGUCAGCUAGCGAACCCAGACCCAAGUGGCUUAGCACAUUAGAGUCAUCAUACGGGGGAUAAUCAAUUUUGAAUAGCUGAAGCCGCAAAGGCCAGGAAAUCCGUUAAACACGUUCUACCCGAUAUCAUACCCGGGGUAUAAUAAUAUACCGUAUCGACCAACGCGCAAUGACAACAGUGAAAAAACAGUUAAAACAAUAAUAUAGAUCUGCAUAUUUUACUACAUAUAUUCUGUCCAAAACUACAUGUAUAUUGCCCACGUUCUAGUUACAAUUAUUAUAUUUCCUAUUAAACCGAGACAAUGCCGCGGAUUAUCACAUGCAUGUGUGCCAACCACCCACAAAUCCUUUGAGGUAUCUCCGUAAUGGGCACUGGGACCAACAGCUAUCUUAAUGGUAUAUAACUUAUAAUAAUAAAUACAAUGUUUUUAAAUAUAUUUUCCGUUAAAAUAUGUAUGGCGAUUCGCUUAAACAAUAAGAAAACUGUAAUAUAUAACGACAACCAUACCGGUGUAUAAUUUUUCGAAUUACUACCUAUAAUAAUACAAAUCGGUUUAGAUGGUUGUACGUUGUUAUAGUUUUGUUGAGGCAACGGAUUACCCGUUGGUUUUAUGAAAAAUGGUUUUUUGUUUUACCAACAAAAUGUUAUAAUAUAAUAUUUUAGAAGCCAGGACGUUAUGUCUAAUUGCAAUCAUUUUUUUAUAGUUUUUUUUUGUAAGUACACAAUUUAUAGCGUAGCGCGUUGGUUUUUUAAUUAUAAAAGG